ACCGUCCCCAAAAACCCAGGUUUUUGUGGACGUUGCCGCGUGGACGUCUUACCCAUCGCCUAUACCUCAUCCUCUCAUACAGCGAACCGCUCUCCCUCCCGGCUAGGUUGAGUUCGCAACAUGCAUCUUGAAAACGUUCUCACUAUCCAGAACAAUAGGAAGAAGCAGCAGGGCGAUGAUAGGACGAGGCUACCAAACGAGAUCCUCAUGGAUGUCUUUGAAAGACUUUUGAAUAAGCCAUCCAAUCUCAUCGCAGUUAUGCGCACCUGCAAGAGAUGGCACCACAUUGCGAGCACUGUGCUCUAUCAGCACAUAUCACUGGACUCAAAGCUCCGAGAAGAUACAUCAAGCGCUAGAUUCGGCAAGUUUGCACGACAGUACCACCUUAUUCAGUCACUCAGUGUACGCGUCACGCAGGUGCACUUGAUGGGUUUCAGUGUCCGCUCAACAGAUGCUUUCGAUCGACUGGCAGAGUUGUGCGAGGCCGUCCGUAGAAUGAAAAAUCUACGGACAUUUGCGCUUUCGUUCGAAGAGUCUUUGGACCACCUUGAAGGGUUUCCUGUUCCCAGCGCUGUCAUCGUGUUGAUUCUACAGAGUCUCCCUGCGUCAGUAGUCAAUCUCAACCUUGAUUGCGACUGCAUCAAUCGUCCAGAUGUCGAUCAGCCUCAUAUGUGCCAUGCUGUGAGCGCCUUGCUACCGCGCCUUCGAAGUUUGAGGCUACGCACAUCCCAUCUUUGUUCCGGGCUCUUGUCGAGCUUUUCCCCAGCAGCAACACCCGACCAUGGGCACCCAAGCAGUCCUUCAAGAUCCAAAAAGCGCCUAAACAGAGCAUCUGAAUUGGAGUAUCUCGUCAUAAGAAUUAUUGCACGUCCAGAGUGCGCCCAUCUAGCUCACUCACCCUUAUGCCAUUCGGGCGACAAACUUCUCCACGGCGCAAAGCUCGCGACCACUCUCCAGGAAAUGUGCAACAUCGGAGCAUUUCCUUCCCUCUGCGAGUUCGCCGUCAUCGGCCGUGUCGACGCGCCUUCGACCAUCCAGAAUGACAACUGGAACGUCUUCAAGAUUCGCACGUUUGCGCGCGGCAUAUCCGAAACCAUCACGCUGCCCUACUGCGCAAGAGGGGGCUCCAGCUCUCUGUACAUGAUCCGUGAUGGGGACGGCGACUGGUUCGGCUCAUUCCCCGAUAUAUCCAGUGCUUUGGAAGGGCCUAUUGUGUGGACGAAAACGGGUCUCAAAGCGACUCGCUAUCUGAAACCGUAUGAAUGGCACAACGACUGGGUUCUCGAUCGGGCAAAGUUGGCACCACGGGAUUCGGUUAUCAAGAAGUUUGGGGUUUCCUUCCGGCUGUGGAAACAUGAAGGCGCCACCCGCUUGAAGUUGCUCAGUGCACGCAAGGUCGCUGGGUUCACUGACACGGAGGUCGCAACUCAAAUUGUGCCGGAAGGGUGGAGGUGGGCCGUAGCCGAGGGACCGUGGAACUGGACCAUCGAGCCGAUGACUGCAUACUGAAUAAUGGCUCGGCUAGAGAGUAUGAAAGUGAUGUUUCUGGCAGCAUCGCCGUUGCCUUGAGAACGACUGUACCGAGACAAGAGGAAGAGGAGCCGAUUGUGAAGUCAAACAUGGGAGUCAUCUGGUGUAGACUCAUGAAGUUGACGUUAAGAUCGACACAGACGAACCUCGAACUCCCAAGACAGGUGUCACGAUAGAUGUUGCGAGACAGGCGC